CCUGUAACCCGGUUUGUUAUUAAUGAAAGUAGGAUUAUUACAAAGUACAAGCCGUGCAGGUUAAUUCGAACCUGCCUCACAAAUGAGGCUUUUAGUCCUAUUUAUAAUAAUCUCUAAGUACGUCAAGCACGUCUUUAAUCAUCGAGCCGGUCAAUUCUAGGCCGGUCAGUUUGCAUGCCUUCGCCAGACGAAGCCACGUCUUUGAUUUCGGACCUUCUCACCCCCGACCGGUCUUUUCCAUUUGCCCUAAAUGCCUGGGGAAAAAGAAUGAAAGUCCAGGUCAAGCCUAGGGAGACCGAUGACCUAGCCGCCUGGGAAGCCACCCUCUGGACCUGGGACACCUCCAACCGCGGUCCCUAUAACGUUGGGAAGUGGGGGGUCUACCCGGGUCGGGAGACUGGCCCUGAACCAGAGAUCAUUCUGGCAGAGGCAUUCCUAGACGUCAUUCCUCUCCGUCGCAUGAAAGGGUCCAAAGCCCCAGUUUUUGCGGCCGCCGGUUCCUCGCGCCGGGUGAAGAAGAAGGAGAAAGUGGUGAAGUUCAACUCCACGUUCGCCACCCCCCGCAUCGAGGAUGUGGAGGAGCCAUCAACCGCCCAGCCUUUCAGCCAGCCUUCUAGCCAGCCGCUGAUAUUGGACAAGCAGCCGGCCCAGUCCCAGCAGGGCACCAGCCAGCCAAUUCACUCCGGGGAUAUCUACAUCAACGUAGAUACCCUGGAGUUUGACAACAUGCUGAUGGAGACCGGCCACACGUCAGAGGCUGGUCAGGUCGACCGGAUCGGCCAGGAAUGGUUCACCAGGCUGGUGAAAUCCAAGGAUGUGGAGAAGGCCCGGCUGGAGGGCAUGAUGGUGGCCUGCCGGAAGGAUGCUCAAGCUGCCCAUCAGAAGGCGGAGAAGGCCGAGGAGAAGCUCAUGGAGCAUUGUGCGGCCUUCCGCAAGCUCUAUGCCAAGCAUGAAGGGCUGUUGAAGGCCUCCAAAGAGGCCGACGCCCAAGCUCAGGAGAAAAUCCAGGAGCUUGAAGGGGAGAAGGCCGAGCUGAAGGAGAAGGCCGCCCAAUCCGCCGAGGAGAUUGCCCAGCUAAGCGCCGAGCUGGAGAAGGAGCAUGCCGAACGAGCCUCUCUUGCUGCCGCCUGGGCGGCCCAAGAGCCAUCGGCCAAGGUCAUCGAUGAAAUCGGGACCUUUGGUUUCGAAAGUGGCCAGUAUGAAGAACGCCGGGCGCUGUACGACAUUCUCCAGAGGCGGAUUCAAAGUUUCGAGCCCAAGGCCCUCUCUCUGCCCGAGCUACACGAUGAAGCACCGGUCGCGCCCUUCGAAGUGAUCUGAGCUCUGAGCCCUUCUUCUUCUCUUUAUUUUUUAUUUCUAUAUGUAAUGUUCAGCCUCCAGGCAUUUGUAAAAGAUUUUGAUAUUAAUGUUCUUAUUUCCAUAUUGUGUGCUCAGUGCUUGAUUACUUUUCGUGGUUUAUGCUUUAAAAUAAUUUGUUAGUUUAAAUUCAUCGCUAGGUAGGUUAUUCG